AUGAGCACAACCAACGACGACACCACACAGACAACCGGGGCGGCCGGUGAUGACCAUACUUUCGAAUGGCAUCCCCUCGAUUUGAUCAGAGAUCAUGAAUAUCAGAAGCAAGAUGACUCAAACGAUCAGUUGCAGAACGGCUCAAAUGGAACAACAACAACCACUCACAAGCCCGGACGAUUCGCACUGGUCGUCCUCAACCAACCACUUACUCAUUUGGGCUUGGUAAAGCGUCUGUGGAAGAACGCAUCGAUCCGCGUCGCCGCCGACGGAGGUGCAAACUGCCUGUAUGACGUUGCUGGCAAGAAUGGCGACCGUUACUUUGACGAUCUCACAGCAAUAAUAGGCGACCUCGACUCCCUCACCACCGAAACACGCACCUACUUCACCACCCACUCAUCCUCUUCCUCUGCCAAGAAGACCGCCAUCAUCCACGAUCCCAACCAAUACUCAACCGACUUCGGUAAAUCCGUCGAUUACCUCCGCGGUCCCUCCUGCUCCAAACCUGACGUUCCCACGCCCGACAUCGUCGCUGUUGGCGGUCUCGGGGGCCGCGUCGACCAAGGUCUCUCCCAGCUUCACCAUCUCUACCUCUUCCAGUCCUCGCCCACCUACGCCGACGGGAGGAUGUACCUGUUCAGCGGGGAAUCGCUUACCUUUUUGCUCAAAUCGGGCACUCAUCGUAUCCGGGUGCGUGAGCCAGGCCAGGGCCAGGUCAGCGAGACAGAGAAGAAGGAUGUAUUUGCAAAAUGGGUGGGCAUCCUGCCGGUCAAAGAACCGAGCAGGAUCUGGACGAAAGGACUAGAGUGGGAUGUGGAGGAUUGGCCGACUGAGUUUGGUGGACAGAUGAGCACGAGUAACCAUGUGUUGCCGGAGACGGAAGUGGUGGAGGUUAGGACGACGAGGGACGUGUUGUUUACUAUUGCGCUCAGGGACGUUUAG